AAAUAAACUUCUGCCUUCUGGCUGCAGUGCUGCUCUGAGGUUUCUGCGUGACGCUCUGCAGACUAAAUCAUGCCAGCGUUAUCAACUGGAUCUGGAAGUGACACAGGUCUGUACGAGCUGCUGGCUGCAUUGCCAGCCCAGCUGCAGCCGCAUGUGGACAGCCAGGAAGACCUGACCUUCCUCUGGGAUAUGUUUGGUGAAAAAAGCCUUCAUUCACUGGUGAAGAUUCAUGAAAAACUACAUUAUUAUGAAAAACAGAACCUGAUGCCCAUACUCCAUGGUGCAGCAGCCUUGGCAGAUGAUCUGGCUGAGGAGCUGCAGAGCAAACCACUGAGCAGUGAGAUCAGAGAGCUGUUGAAACUCCUUGCAAAACCCAAUCUCAAGGCUUUGCUGUCUGUACAUGAUACUGUUGCCCAGAAGAACUAUGAUCCUGUCUUGCCCCCCAUGCCUGACGAUAUUGAUGAAGAAGAAGAUUCAGUUAAAAUAAUUAGGCUCGUCAAAAACCGGGAACCAUUGGGAGCUACUAUUAAAAGGGAUGAACAUACUGGUGCAAUUGUGGUGGCCAGGAUAAUGCGUGGAGGAGCUGCAGAUAGAAGUGGGCUUAUUCAUGUUGGUGAUGAAUUGAGAGAAGUCAAUGGGAUUCCUGUAGAUGAUAAAAAGCCUGAAGAAAUAAUACACAUUUUGGCUCAGUCUCAAGGAGCCAUUACGUUUAAAAUUAUACCCAGUGUGAAGGAAGAAAUGCCAAUGAAGGAAGGCAAGAUGUUUAUCAGAGCCUUAUUUGACUAUGAUCCUAAUGAAGAUAAAGCAAUUCCUUGUAAAGAAGCUGGACUUGCUUUCAGAAAAGGAGAUAUCCUUCAGAUCAUGAGCCAGGAUGAUGCAACCUGGUGGCAAGCCAAGCAUGAAGGUGAUGCCAAUCCCAGAGCAGGCUUGAUCCCUUCAAAGCAUUUCCAGGAGAGGAGAUUUGCAUUAAGAAGACCAGAAGUGCAGGUUCAGCCACUGAAAAUUUCCAACAGAAAAUCAUCUGGUUUUAGAAGAAGCUUUCGUCUUAGCAGAAAAGAUAAAAAAACAAACAAGUCCAUGUAUGAGUGCAAGAAGAGUGAUCAGUAUGAUACAGCAGAUAUCCCAACCUAUGAAGAAGUUGCAAAAUAUAGACGACAACCUAAUGACAAAUACAGGCUUGUUGUUUUGGUUGGUCCUGUAGGGGUUGGACUGAAUGAACUUAAAAGGAAAUUGCUAAUCAGUGAUACCCAGCACUACGGGGUAACAGUGCCACACACUACCCGUCCAAGGAGAAGCCAAGAAAGCGAUGGUGUCGAAUACAUUUUCAUUUCCAAGCACUUGUUUGAGACAGAUGUACAGAAUAACAAGUUUAUCGAGUAUGGAGAGUAUAAGAACAACUACUAUGGCACAAGUUUAGACUCUGUUCGAUCAGUUUUAGCUAAAAACAAAGUUUGUUUGCUGGAUGUGCAACCUCAUACAGUGAAACACUUGCGGACAUAUGAGUUUAAGCCAUUUGUUAUAUUUAUAAAACCUCCAUCACUUGACCGUCUGAGAGAAACCAGAAAAAAUGCCAAGAUUAUUUCAAGUAAAGAUGAUAAGGGAACUGCAAAACCCUUUACAGAAGAAGAUUUUCACGAAAUGAUUAAGUCUGCCCAUGUGAUGGAGAGUCAGUACGGCCACCUUUUUGACAAGGUGAUAGUCAACGAUGACCUCGCUACAGCUUACAGUGAGCUUAAAACAACUUUUGACAGGUUGGAGACCGAGACCUUCUGGGUUCCUGUCAGCUGGCUACACUCAUAG